AUGGGGGAGAAAUCAUUCAUGUGUGGGGUGUACGAUAAAACAUUCUCAGAGUCAUCAAACCUCUGCAGACACCAACGAAUUCACACAGGGGAAAAACCUUACAAGUGCAAGGAAUGCAACAAAUCAUUCUCAGAGUCAUCAAAACUUCAAACACACCAACACAUUCACACAGGGGAGAAACCAUUUACAUACCUCCGGAUACAUCAACACAUCCACUCGGGGGAGAAACCAUUCCUGUGUGAGUGGUGUGACAAAUCAUUCUGUGACUCAUCAAGACUCUUGAUCCACCAGAGGAUUCACACAGGGGAGAAACCAUUCAUCUGCAAGUCAUCAAAGCUCCACAUACACCAACGAAUUCACACAGGGGAGAAACCUCACAAAUGCAAGGAAUGCAACAAGUCAUUCUCAGAGUCAUCAAAGCUUCAAAGACACCAACAAAUUCACAAAGGGGAGAAACCAUUCGUGUGUGAUAUGUGCAACAAAUCAUUCUCAGGCUCAUCAGCCCUUCACGUACACCAACAAAUUCACACACGGGACAAACCAUUCACGUGA